GCUAUGGUAGCCCCUCUUCGAACAAUGGCGGCCGCCUCAUCGUCAUCAUCAUCAUCAGUCAGGCCCGCUCUGAGCAGUCUCGGCCGCCGCCACCUGGCCACGCCCGUCUCUUCUGGCUCUCGGUCGUCUGCCCAUCGCAUCCUCGUCAUCGGCGGUGGAGCAGCCGGUCAAGCAAUCUCACACCAGCUGCUGCGAAGUGGCGCUUUCCCCAACAAGCAUGACAUUGCCAUCGUCGACCCAAAGACGACGCACGACUACCAGCCUGGUUGGACAUUGGUGGGCGGCGGCCUGAAGAAGAAGGAGGACCUUCGCAGACCAAUGGCAGAUUUGGCUCAAGAGAAGGAAGGACUGGGUCUAUACAAUGACGCAGUCGAGUCCUUUGACCCGGACAACAACUGCGUCAAGACCCGUGAUGGCCGCACAUUGUCCUACGAGCAUCUCAUCGUCGCACCCGGCUUGCGCCUCAUGCCUGAGAAGGUCUCGGGCCUCUCUGAAGCCAUGCGAGACAUGGAUGCCAAGGUAGCAAGCAUUUACGACUACGAUUCCUGCGACCGUGUCUGGGACCUCGUUCAACAACAUCGCUCAGGCCCAGCCAUCUUCACUCAGCCCCCUCAACCACACAAGUGCGCCGGCGCACCCCAAAAGAUCAUGUGGCUUGCCCUUGAUCAUUGGAAAUCGCAGGGCCUCAGCCGAUCUGAUAUCCCCAUCACGUAUGCCACGGCCCUUCCGGCCAUGUUUGGCGUACCAAAAUAUGCGGCCACUCUCGAGGCACUGCGAAAGGAGCGCGACGUCGAGGGCCUCUUUGGUCACAAUCUUGUAGCGGUCAACGGGUCAACAGCCACCUUCGCAAAAGGAGAGGAAAAGGUCACCCGUCCCUUCUCACUCCUCCACGCCGUCCCACCUCAAGGCCCUCACGACUUCAUUCGCUCCUCUCCUCUCGCAAACCCCACCUCCGGCUUCGUAGACGUUGACGACAAGACACUCCGACAUGUCAAGUACAGCAACGUCUGGUCUGCUGGUGACUCGAGCUCACUACCGACGAGCAAGACGGCAGCAGCAGUCACUUCUCAGGCCCCGAUUCUCGUCAACAAUCUCCUAUCCUCUCUCGCAGGCACCUCCGAUGCGCCACAAGAGUACGACGGUUACACCUCCUGCCCAAUCCCAACCGAAUACGGAAAGCUCGUUCUCUGCGAGUUUGCUUACAACGGCGUGCCUAAGGAGUCCUUUGGCCCCACUUUGGGCAUCGAUCAGGCUCAACCCAGCCGUGCCUUUUACUACCUCAAGCGCGACUUCUUCCCUUGGGUCUACUUCAAUGCUAUGGUCAAGGGGACUUGGGCGGGCCCCAACGGUUGGUUGAGCGCGCCCAAGUGGAAGGGAGCUGCGCCCAGCGUAGGUGGCGGCCAGGCCAGGGCCUUCUCAAGCGUAGUGGGAAAGAUGGGCGGCUCAAACGGUGCUGCAGGACGUCGCGGCUUCGCCACGUCAGCCCGCGCUGCGCGUGAUCAACCAUCACGUCGCCCUCGUGACCCCCUCGAGCGCGACUCGACGGCAGUGCGCUACGCCCUUCCCGGCGGUGAGACGCUCAUUGUCCGUCCUGCGCCGUCCAGCGGUGGUGGCUCAAGCACCGGGAGCAGCGCGACGACGACUACGACGGCGGACCCUGCGAAGAUCCUGGUCGAGGAGGCGAACAGCGAGGCGUACCUUCCCCCAGCUCUUCGCCCGCGAACCGCACGCAAGCAGCAAGCCCGCUUCAACUCUACCACCCCGCGUCGAACGGACCUUUCUCCUUCUGAGAUUGCUGAGAUUCAAGCCCUUCGCCGCGAAGGGGGCGCCUCCGUGCCUGACAUUGCGCGGAAGUUCAACUGCUCCGAGGUGUUUGUAAGGAUCGUUGCGCCUGCGGGAGCUGAGGCGAAGAGGGAGGCUCAGAGGGGGAUGGAGCGGGUCAGAAGGGGUGAAGAGGGGAGCACGAGGUUUGGUGAUCUGCUGAGGAGAGAGGCAAGGAGGGCUAGGAGGGAGAUGUGGUAGAUGGCAGGGAGCGAGAUGCUGAUGAGCACGAACGCACGGCACGCACGCACACACUCAAACACAGCUCCAAAGAUAGCUUUGCUCUGGAUUGUCACGAUGAACAGUUGAUCGAUGCCAAACAAUCAAUCGACAUCCAUAUCGCCUCGCU